UACAUGACGGAGGGAGUGCUGCUGAGGGAGUCGCCAGAGAGCCGGACCUCGACCAGUACAGGUGUAUGCCAUGCUCUUGCCAUGCCUUUGCCUUUGCGCCUAUACUGGGUAGUGCCAUCAUAAUGGACGAGGCACACGAGCGCUCAUUGAACACGGACGUGCUGUUCGGGGUGCUCAAGCACGUGGCGGCGAGACGAAGGGACUUCAAGCUCAUCGUCACGUCCGCCACGCUCAAUGCUGAGAAGUUCUCCCACUUCUUCGGCAGUGUCCCAGUCUUCUUCAUCCCAGGGCGCACCUUCCCCGUCAGUCUCAUGGCGCACCUUCCCAGUGAGCAUCAUGUGUGGAGCAAGUCGCCUUGUGAGGACCCUGUAGACGCGGCAGUCAAGCAAGCGCUAGCCAUCCACGUCACCAUGCCACCUGGCGACAUCCUCAUCUUCAUGACCGGCCAAGAAGACAUCGAGGCAACCUUUUCUCCCUCGCCGACCGCCUCGAGCAAAUGGCGGCGGCGCCGCCCGCCCCCCCCGCCGCCCCUCUCCAUCCUCCCAAUCUACUCCCAGCUGCCGGCCGAUCUCCAAGCGAAGAUUUUCCAGAAGGCCGAGGAAGGAGCGCUGGACAAUACCGGAGCACUGACCAAGACGGGGAGGCGGAUGGUGGAAUUUCCUUUAGACCCUGCUCUGGCGAAGCUGUUGAUAUCCGGGGAUCAGUUUGGGUGUGUGAACGAGACGUUGACCAUGGUGGCCAUGCUCUCGGUGCCGUCGGUUUUCUUCCGCCCCAAGGACCGCGAAGAGGAGUCUGACGCUGCCCGGGAGAAGUUUUUCGUGCCCGAGAGCGACCACCUGACGCUCCUAAAUGUCUUCCAGCAGUGGAAGUCCACGGGUAUCGCGGCGACUGGUGCUCCGACCACUACCUUCACCGCGCUUUACGGGCUCGGAACGACCCCGGAGUAUGUGGUUUACCAUGAGUUGGUGCUCACUUCGAAGGAAUACAUGCAGUGUGUGACGGCUGUUGAGCCAAGAUGGUUGGCGGAGGCCGGGCCGAUGUUUUUCAGUGUGAAGGAUAGUCAUCAGAGCAGGCUGCAGCAGAAGCAGAAGCUGCGGGAGGAGGCGAGUGCGAUGGAGCGGGAGAUGGCGGAGGCGAGGCGGAAGAUGGAGGUGGAGGAGGAGAUGAGACGCAGGAAGGACGAGGAGCAGACUGUGAGGGAGGCGGAGCGGAUUGUCAUGCCGGGUGUGAAGAAGGGAAAGGGGCGGCGAGACGUGCUCCUGGGCUUUAGCGGAGACGCCUUCCUCCUCUUCUACCGCGCAUCAACGCGCACGGUCCACAGUAUUCAGGGCAACGGCCGCUGCCCCGCCGCGCUCUCGCUCUCCCACCUCGCCACACUCGGUUUCUCCCCCGCGCACCCGCUUCCCCCCUUCCACCCCCCUCACGGUCACCGUCCCCGGCGCCGCCGCCUGCUGGGCCGACGCCAUCCAAACGGUUCGGAUCGCGCCACGUGUCGCUCCGCGAGGCGCUCGAGCCGGCCGUACAGCUGGCGGAAGGCGGUUGGGCCCGUGCCGCCGCUGACAGCUGGACAGUGGGAGAGAGGCGUGGAGCAGUUGAAGCAGGGAGGGCCACAUGGCGGCGAGCUAUUGGUGGACGGGGAGGAGGGCGCCGAGGGCUGGCGAGGUGAUGAGGAACCCGGGCAUGGGCAACACACUGAGGCUGCUGGGAGGUCCCUCUCCCCCGUUCCUCCACCAGAGCAGGGCAAGGAGGGCUUCUACACAGGCCCGGUGGCGGAAGCAAUAGUCACAGCAGUGCAGGCCCAGAGGGGACUGCUCUCUCUGCAGAAAGGCAAGGAGGGCUUCUACACAGGCCCAGUAGCCGAAGCGAUAGUCACAGCAGUGCAGGCCCAGGGCGGGGUGCUCUCCCUGCAAGACCUGGCCUCCCACACCUCCUCCGUGGCCCCGCCCAUCAGCACCACCUUCCACGGCCUCACCAUCUGGGAGGUCCCUCCCCCCACCCACGGCCUGGCCGCUCUCAUCGCUCUCAACAUCACCGAGGCUUACUACUCCACGCACGGUGUUCCCGAGCCUGUCCAGGAGGCUCGGGGAGCGGGCCCCGAAGCUGCGGGCGAGGCUCGGGAGGGGUGGGUCAAGGGGGAGGCGGAUUAUGCGCAUGUGAUGAUCGAGGCUAUGCGGAUGGGGUUUGCAGAUGCGCUGGCGUGUGUGGCUGACCCAGAGCACGUGCAGGUGCCUCUGGGGGAGGCUUUAUCUAAGGAGUAUGCAGCCAAACGAGCUGGGAGAUAG